GGGAUGAUACCAAGAGGGUGCAACUGGUGAAAGUGGAAGGAGUGCGACGCAAGCGGUUACAAGGGAAGAGAAUGAAAGAGAGAGAGAAAUACAGGGUGAGAGAGGCACGCGACGGCGUCUCACCUGUUUGCCAACCCGCCAGUCUGGUUUACGCGCCCGGUCAUCCGUCGGCGCUACAAGUGGCUGUUUCGCUUCGACUCUCGAACAAGCGCGGGAUCGUUCAUUUGUGACUCUUUAAUAUCGUAAAUAUCCGUAGAUUGCGGAAGUACGUGUGAUAAACGUUCCAAGGACGAUACGAUACGUGAUACGUUUCGCUUCGAAAGACUCGUCUCAAGACACCGCUCCUGUUCAUCAUCGCCGUCGUCAACGUCAGCGCGGUGAUGAUUGCUUCGCGUCAAGAACGUGAGCGGGAAGAUCGAGAGUGUGCGAUAUUUUAAGUGCUCGACGAAGUACGAUGACUUUUGCGACGAGCAGAAAUUUUUCAGAAGAAUCACGCCGAGAGAAUUCGAAGAAAAAUCGCAAAUGGCCGUGGCUGAGAAUCGAUAUUGCGACGCGAGAAAAUAUCGUCAAAGUUCUCGUGGCCGGAGGAUUUUCAUUCAUGACGAGUCAACCGGCAAGCGGUAUCUAAUCGACCAUCUGCAUCGAUGCCUGUAGAUUUCGAGGUGCUUUACGGUAUUUCGGUUCUCAAAAACAAGUUACAAAAGAAUUUGAAUAGUAGACGAUGAUGACAUUCGCGAUUCUUUGAACAAUCGACGUCAGCAUUCACGCAGAAAACUACGAGACAAAAAUAUCACAAGUAGAAAACGACAAAAAUGAGUUUCUUCAACUCCCUGCAGGAGAUUGUGACAAACAGUGUGGCCAGUUUUAGUCUGAGCCCAAAGAGAUUCUCGUUUAGUCGCGAGGACUCGAAAGGCGAUUCCAGCGGGACCGGAAGAAGCAGUUCUACCGGAAGUGUCAUUUCGACAACCAAUACCCCCGUUGCCCAACAAGCUACGCCGCAUGGUUUUCCCAAGGUUGUGCCACCGCCAGGAACCGUCACGUCGCAUACGCGCUCUCUCUCGACACGUCGACGCACUCUCGAGUGCACUUCCGCUCCGGGAUUGACUGUGCACCCUGCGACAGGAAGUGGCGCCACAUCGCCGAGGCGAGUCGGGUCUUUUCGUCGAAGCGGCGGAUCCAGCGAUCGACCGCCUCUUAUGUUCUGCCGUCGUAGACCAUCCUGGCCGGAGGUCGACAUACAAGCCACUUCCGGUGUUCAAGAGACAGAUGGAUCCUUCUUCGAAAGUUUUACUGCGUUGUCCUGGAAGCAAGAAAAUCGGAGACUCGUUGUUCUUCAGGAAGUGGAAGCAAGAGCGAAAGAACCGCCACAGCCGUCCAGAGACUCGAUUUCAACUUCGCAUCCAUAUCGGCUUAGCAAAAAAGAGAUAGAGCAAUUGUAUAUAGAAGUCCUUUACACGAUUGCAAAUACGGUAGGCGCUAGUACAGGACAAUACGCACAUUACAAGGAAGAUUUAUAUCGAUAUGCCCAAGAAGCUUUUGGUGUUCCCCAGGAUCAGCAUCGGCGAUAUCUUAAUAUUGCCUCGGAAGAAAAGCCACCUAUCGUUGUAUUAAGUGUGGUGGUAAUCGAGGCCGAUGGACUUGAGGCAAAAGAUGUUAAUGGAUUCAGCGAUCCUUACUGCAUGCUGGGUAUACUGCCUGGUAACGCAGGUGCACCACUGAGCCCUCAAACGAAUUUAACGGCGCAUUCGCCGCACACACCUCCGGCAUCCCCGAGACAAGCCACUCGCGCCUUAUCCGACGGUGGUGACAACGAAAACUCGCAUCACGAGAAGCUUCGGAAACAUCACAGUUUCAGGCUUUCGUUUAAGCGCAAGGAACACAGCAGCAGACGGGAACACCGCGAAUCCUUGAGCGGUGCUUUACCCGCGAAGUUUAUACGAGCUACCUCGGUGAAGCCGCACACGUUGAGUCCGCGAUGGAACGAGAAGUUUCGUUUCGACAUCGACGACAUCAAUACGGACAUUCUUCAUCUGGACAUAUGGGACCACGACGACGAGUCCUCGGUGUUCGAUGCGGUAAUAAAACUCAACGAGGUGCGAGGCGUGAAAGGGCUUGGGCGAUUCUUCAAGCAAAUCGCGCAGAGCGCUAGAUCUGGAAGUCAAGACGACUUCCUAGGUUGUGUAAACAUCCCUCUAGUGGAUAUUCCGAGCACUGGGGUGGACCAAUGGUACAAAUUGGAGGCGCGAACACAAAGGAGUAAUAUACAAGGUAGAAUCAGACUGAAAUUAUGGUUAUCGACGAGAGAGGACCGCGGAUCCGAGGAGGAUAAUUGGGGCGAAUUGAGACAACAGGAGAGACUGUACACAGUUUUCCUUAAUCAUGAAAUGAACAAACAAGGGGAAGACUUCACUGGAGAACUGCCGCAAACCGCACUGACAAUUUUACAUCAACACGCGGUGCAAGGUGACGUUACUGAAUUGCAGCAAGCUUUGAUAAGAUGGGUGGCGAGUUCCCGACAGCACGCCGUUGAUCCACGAACGCUCCAUCGUCUUCUUCAGGAACUUGACAGUCGAUGGCAUACUGAAACUCUUUCGCGCGACGCUGAACAGUGCCUGGCAGAUUCUUUUAAUGAUUUCUUAGAGGUAUCUUUAAAAAAGGUCAGACAGCAUCGCGUACUUUAUCCACCUCUACAUAGACCGACUAUAUCGAAACUGGAUUAUCUGCUUAGAUGUCUGGGACUUCUCUCGAAUAUGAAAGCUUUUCGAACUUGCUGUCCUUUUAACAAGGAAAUCCGAGGAGAGAUUAUUACUGCUCUUAGAAAGGGAACUCUCGAAUGGUACGAGGAUACCAGGCAACAGACUAUGUGCUACGAUCAGGAACCUGAUCAGGAUAUUGAUCGAGUCUUGCAAGACUUUACAAAUUUGGUAACCGCAUUAUUGGUCGAUCUGGAACAGGGACUUUUAUAUUAUAAUAGUCUCUUUGAAAGUACGAAUGGUGUGCCAUAUUUCUCAGCAGUUUACAAGCAACUGGAAAAGCUGCUGGCGGAACACGUGGCGAAACACUUGGAGAACACUUCCGAGAUGCAUAACGAGCUUGGUGCAAGAGUCACUACUGCCUGUCUGCAGCUGCACGGUCAAAAUAGAGAUGAGGAAUAUGUUCUGCCACCCGGCGCUGAGAUAGGAACGCCAAUAUUCGAGCUUUAUUUGGCACUUCAAGAUUUUGUAAACAUGAAGGAAAACUUACCGCAAUCGGACCAUAAAACUUUGGCGAUCUGCAAAUAUUAUGAAUGGUUCAGACCAGCAGUCGACAAAUGGCUGGAUCUGGCGAAGCUCAAAGCAGUUCAAAGAAUACGAAGAGCGGCGGAACUCGAUCGAAUGUGCACUGGAGAAUAUUUCGUCAAACAUUGCACAUCGGCAAUUGAUGCCGUUGCGUGCUUUUAUCAGAUUAAAGAAUUCUGGAAGAAAUUGGCCUGGCCAGAUCUACCUGCAUCUUAUAAUUUUGUGCUAAAAGUUGUCGAUGCAAUUUGCAGUUCUGCGGCUUACUAUGCAGAGAUAACACAUCAGAAGCUGGCGGAUAGCGGAUAUUAUGAAGAACAUACACCGUAUAAGACCACAGAUGAGGUAAUCGCUCAGAUGUGCGUAGCUAUCAAUGGUCUCGAAUAUGUGAGAAGAUGGUUGUUGACCCUGGGCGAAGAACUUCGGGUAGAACAAGUUUUGACAGCUUUGGAAAAUCAAGCAGGUGAAUCUGCUCGAAUGCAGUGGCGAAAUGCCUUGAUGACACCACUGGAACAAACCCCUGAACAAAUGUUGCUCUUCAUCAAUCAAAUAGUUUCGAGAAUCGGAGCAAAGAUGAGGCCACCUUUAAAGAAGGCAAUGUUUCACUUGGCUUGGUCCCCUGAUAGUUUGCCGACUACAGAGGCGAUAGCACCUCUCGUUGAAUAUCUAGAUGUUCACCUGGUAGCACUCAAUUCAGCUCUACUCUCUGCGAAUUUUAAUCGCAUUCUGCAAGACAUUUGGGAAGUGAUUCUUAGCGAAUUAAGUAGCCAAAUGGAUGGAAAUGCCGAAGAUAAACCAGUGAUGUUUUACGAAAGAUUGCACGAGGCACUUGAUUUAUUAGUGAAAUUUUUUAAUGCUGACGACAAGGGCUUACCUUUAGACGUAUUACGUCGUCAAAGUUUCAUGAAUGCAGAAGAGCGUCUUCAAUAUCACAAAAUGGACACAACUUUCUUGAUCGAUCGAUUUUAUUACCAACGCCUUCAGGACCAAUAUAACACAACUACCUGUGAAUAUGGAGUUCUAACGGUGCGAGCUUAUUUGAAUCACGAUUCUCUUUGCGUUGAAGUAAUAAACGCCAGAGACGUCAUACCGUUAGAUCCAAAUGGAUUCAGCGAUCCUUUCGUUAUAAUCGAAUUGCUACCACGACGAAUGUUCGAGCAUUGCGCCGAGCAGCAGACUAAUGUCAAAAAGAGGACUCUAAAUCCCAUGUUUGACGAGUGUUUUGAAUUUUCGGUACACGUGGAGCAGUGUCGUGACCCUAACGCGAUGAUUCUUUUCACGGUGAUGGAUCACGAUGUUCUCACGUCAAAUGAUUUCGCGGGCGAGGCUUUCCUGGGACUUAGUACCAUACCUGGCGUUGCCGACACGAACACUAGCAUAGAUAAUUUCCAUGGCCUCAAGCAUCAGGAAUUACCACUUAUGCACCAGAAAAAUCGGAAUCAUCCGAUUCUUCAAAUUUUGGAAACCCGAGUCGGUGACAAAAUGGCUCUCGACUUUGUGAAGAAGCAGAAACAACGAUUCGCUGCGUAAGCACAUUACGUGCUCAGAAAAGAAAAAAAAAAAAUUUGCGGUAUUACAAUCGCUAUCAAGACUUGUAUAUUAAAAUUAAGAGUCAAUGAGAAGAUCGAAGAGAAAAAAAGAGAGAACUAAAUCCAUCCCUGCGGUAUAUCGUCGAUUCUCACUCUCUCUCUCUCUCUCUAUCUCAAACACUCUCUAUCUUUCUCUGCCUAUCUUUUUACCAAUCUUUAUUCUAAAGAUCCAUCAGAUCUAUUUCAGUGUAAAUUGUGAAUAUAAUCAGUGUUGGUUUAAAAAAAAAAAAAAAAAAGAAAAAAAAGGGAAAGCGCGAAGAAGAGGAUCAAGAGAAAUAUAUCAGAACUAUUUUUGUGUCGAAGGAGAGAUGUAAAGAAGCAAAGCGAUUGAAGCACAUGAAAAUCAUAAAACACGUCAAUGUGACGUAGCUGAUAAAUGUUUAAAAGCCGUCUCGUCGGGCUCGACACCGGAGCAAUUGCAAAAAAUAUUUCUUAUUUUAUAUUUUAUACAGAAAGGCCCGCGUGGAUAUUUAAGUACUUGCGCGUAUUUACAAGUAAUUUUCUGAAAAACAAACGCCAGUGUUCACAUCAUUCAAAAGAACGAGACUUCCGUUUGUGGAAGAGCGACUUCACUUUCGUUUGUCGAGUGUCAAUUGCGAACAGAAAUUGAAAUUUUCAUGAUAGAAAUAUAAAUGAUAGAAAUAUACUAUAAGAGUGUAUGAUGAUUUUCUUUGAAUCGAAUUAUUUUCGCAAACAGCUUGUAUAAAAAAGAAAGUCAUCGAAACUGCUCACAUGGAGAUUUCUAUUUUGAUUAUGCAAACUUGAUUCACGACAAAGCUGGGAGGAAAAUACAAUGAAUCUUUUUAUUAUUAUUUUAAAUUAAAAGAGAUAUAUGUAUAUAAAAUAACUAAAUCGCAUAAAUUUCUCUUUUUUUUUAGACAAUGCAAACUUGACACAACGAAUAAUGGCAUUACUAUCUAGCUUAAGAUAUUGAUUAUACUAAUCGAAUCAUUAAACAUAAAUAAAAUAUAUCGUCAAUAAUAUAAAAUUAAAAGUAUACCAAGGUUUAUUAUAUCUUUUUCUCUAAAAAGUAUUUUUAACUAUGUAUAUUUGUUAGUCAACCUAGAAUAAAAUUGUUUUAAUAUAUUUUCUAAUUUAAAAUCUCAUUUAUAUAUAUAUUUAAUUUUUAAUGAUUUGAAAAUGUAUUUUCCUCCCCGAAGAGCAGCCGCGCCGCCUUGGUGUCGUUCGACGGCACGGAUCGAACCAAGAGGAUCGAUAUAUUUUUCUUAGUCAUCAUUGGCUAAAGCUUCUUUCUAUCUUUUCACCAUCUACAUAAUUCUACAAUGUAUCUCCUGGAGGACUAAUGGUGACUUUUCUCGUUGAAAAUACUGCUUGUGCGACGAAAACAGAGACUCUUCUCUCAAAUAUUUUACUAAACAAUCUCUUCAGUAUCGAAAAAGAAAACAAAAUUCAAGAAUGUUUCAAAGGUACAGAAUCUAUUUUCAAAUUAAUCAUUAAAAAUUUAGUGUAAUUUUUUAUUCGAAAAUUUGUGUAAAUUGACCUCAGCACAAGAUUUUUCUAUGCAUUUUAUUUUUUGUGUAGACUUUUCAACUUUUUGAUGCAAAGUUGACGAAUUCUUCGUGAUUGUCGCCCGUGAUAACUGAAUAAAAAAUUACGCUAUUAAAAAAAGCGAAAAUUAAUAUAUUAAUUUCUUAAAAUACAAUUUUUUUUUAAUUUGCUCAUGGAACCAAAUUUUAAUUACCUACGUUCAAAAUGUAAAAGGUACCAAAUUAUAAUAAAAAUAUUGUUUUCUCAAAUAUCCCAAGCAAUUUCAAUGAGAUUUUUAUUUGCUUGUAGUAAUCUUUAUAAAUAAUUUAAAUUGAGUAAGAUCAAAUAAUGUAUAUUUAUGUAAGAAACAUCAUAUAGAUUUAAUCUAAAUAUAUUAUAUAUCAUCGAUGUGGAAUAAAAUUGGCAACGUAGACAAAUCAAUCUUAUUAAGAACCGAAAUCAAAAAAUGAAGCGGAAAGGCAAAUAAGAAAGAUUCAGCCGAACGCACACACAUAUACACACAUGUCAAUUUUUCUAAUGCAUGUAUCACGCGCGCGUGAACGCACUUUAUUGCUUAAUUACACCAAAAAAAAAAAACUUAUACAAAUGAACGUCCUGCGUAACACAUUUUACAUAAGGUCUGUUGUUUAUAGCUGAACUGGCUCUAUUAGUGGCAUUAAUUCGGAGUUUAUCUUUUUCCUUUCCCUGGAAGAAAAAAGAUAAACUCUAACUAGUGAAGCCAGUUCAGCUAUAAAGAACAGAUCUAUAGACAUAUGUCUAUGACAUUUCAAUAUUUCGCACGCCUUGUAUGACAAAAGAAAACAGACCAAAAAAAAAAGAAGUAAAUGAUAAUGAAGAGCAACUCUCGAAGAUUCGUCUGUCUGAUCCUCGAUAUAUUUCGUGCAUCGAAUUCGAUCGAACUCUACUGUAUUUGCUUUUUCAACCUUUUUCAACCACCAACGUAUGUACGAUCUGUCUUGUAUUGUGAGACGAAUAAAUUAAUAUAAAUGUA